GAAGGCGGGGCGGGCGGCGGGCGGACUGUUGCUGGCUCCUCCGAAGUUUCGCUUUUCGAAGCUGCAACUGCCCAGCAUCACAACUUAAUCUCCACUCGAACAUUACAUUGUCAACCCGCGUCAAGAUGCUUUCUUUGCGCCAACUCUCCCGUCAACUGCCCCGUGGUCUUGCUCGUCUGAGCUCGACUGCCGCCCGCCAGCCGCUCCGCACACCUGCUUUUGCCGCCGCCAGAUGUGCUGCCGCCAACUUCUCCACCUCUCUGUCCCGUCGCCAGGAUGCCACCACCCAGGAACUCGCUGCCAAAUUGAACUCGGAGAUUGCUCUCGAGAAGGAGCAGCAAGCAGACGACAGCUACCGCUACAACUGUCAAGAGUAUAUCGAUAACAGCGACUUUAAGAUUGAAGACAAGACCGGUCAAGAAGAGGUCCAUCUCACCAGAUCAUACGGAGACGAGAGUAUCAAGGUCACUUUCUCAAUCGCCGACUUCAACACCUACGACGAGGAGGCCGACGCCGAGGACCCCGCCCUGUACGGUGACGAGGACAGUGCUCUAGACAUGGAUGGUCAGUCUGGGGGUGCCAACACAAAGGGCGCCGUCAACCAGGGCCGCACCGCUGGUGGCAACAUUCGCGUCGCCCCCGAGGACGAUGUCGCGCCUGCCGACAGACCCGAGCUCCAAGACGAGGAGGAUGGUUCGGCAAGCUUCCCUGUCCGCGUCCAGGUCACCGUGACUCGCGAAGGCAAGGGAGCUCUCGCCAUCGAGUGUCUUGCCCAGGACGGAGAGAUCAGCAUCGAGAACGUUUACCACUUCCCCAACGCCGAGCUGGCUGAGGCAAAGACGGCCGAGAAGGACUGGGCGCGAAGAAGCCUGUACACCGGCCCUCCGUUCGGCCAGCUUGACGAGGAUCUUCAGAUGCUCUUGGAGAGAUUCCUCGAAGAGAGAGGCAUCAACACACAGAUGGCCCUCUUCAUUCCCGAGUACAUCGACUUGAAGGAGCAGAAGGAGUAUAUUGGGUGGUUGAACAACAUGAAGACAUUCGUCUCGUAGAGCCGGACUGAAGACCCACUCAAGAUCGAUGAAGGCGUUGAAGACAAAUGAUGCUCUGUGCAGAUGGAUGCCAGAUGAUACAUUGACGUUCGUGUGCUUGGAUCAUCAGACACAGCUGCAGGGAGAUCGAAGACGUGACGAUAGAGCUGGUGUCAAAGAGGAGGUAGGUGGUUUUGAGAGGCUCGACGAAGGUUCAAGG